AUGGGUAGAGUUCGUACAAAAACCGCAUCUCGAGUUAUCAUUGAGAAAUAUUAUCCUAGACUUACUCUUGAUUUUCAAACAAAUAAAAAAAUAUGUCACGAAGUUGCAAUAAUUGCAUCUAAGAGACUUCGUAAUAAAAUAGCUGGAUUUACAACACAUUUAAUGAAACGUAUCCAACGUGGACCUGUUCGUGGUAUUUCAUUCAAAUUACAAGAGGAGGAACGUGAAAGAAAAGAUAAUUAUGUCCCAGAGGUUUCUGCGUUAGAUAUUGAUCCAAUAGAAAUUGAUCCUGAUACAAAGGAGCUUCUUAAAUUUUUAAAUUUUGAGAAUUUACCUAGAGUAGAAGUUGCUGUACCUGUUGCAUUAAAUACUUUGACCGAACGUCCUCGUGGUGGUGCUGGAAGAGGAAGAGGUGGCGGUGGUGAUCGCCCACCUCGUCCACAGCAAGAAGCUUAA